UACGUAUUUUAACCAGCCAUACGUUUGAAAUUUAGAAAGUUUAGUUUAGUCCAAAUAAUAUUCCUGAGUUAUUAAAUAUAUUAUUUUGUCGAAAACUUUAAAUAUGUUGGAAGUUCAUGUUACAAUAACAGCUGUUGCAGUUCUUGCAGUGAUAUUGCUCCUGUUCCUUAUUGGUCUUCUGUUCUAUAUUUACCCAAGUUCAAAUAAAGAGACAACAGUACCUGGACCUGCUGUUUCUGAUAUAAGAGAUGGCAAUCGAAGUGACAUUGACAGAGCCGGGUCACUCCAUCAAUAUCUUUGCAACCUCCAUGCAGAACAUGGAGAUUUGGCUUCAUUUCAUUUCGACAAACAACUUAUCAUUUCAAUUGCUGACUCAAAGUAUUUUGCUCCAAGAUCGCAAGUGUUCCAAUUGCCAGAUUUUCUUUAUGAAUUCUGGGAGCCAAUGAUCGGCAAAGAAAGCUUUGUUUUCUCACAGGGGGUUGAUGUGUUUAAAAGAAGAGACAACAUUGACUUUAAAGUUGACAAAAAAGUGAAGGAAUUUUAUGCGAAGAUAUUUAGACUGCUUGCUAUCGAGUUGGAAGAGAAAUGGCGAAAGCAACCUGAAGACCAGCAUAUACCACUCACUCAACAUUUAAAGGGGUUGGCAACUAAGGCUGUUUGCCAAAUGAUGUUUGGAGAGUCGUUUGCUGAUGAUGAAAGAGUAAUUAAGCUAUAUAAGGCGUGGGAUAAGUGUUGGAAUGAAGUGAUGGCUGCCAGCAAAAUGGAACCAACUAAAUCAGAAUCAGAUGAAAAGAAAUCUAUUAAAGAGCUUCGAAGCUUGAUGGAGAAAGCAAUUGAAGAAAGAUGGAAGAAAUCGAAACAUCUUGAUGGGAUCACACUUCUGGAUGGUUUGCUCGCAUCUUCCAAUUCCUCUGUGUCUCCUCUUUCAUCCGAACAACUACUUUGUGAUGUCAUAACAAUGUUCACAAUUGGUGUGCAGGUUACAAAUGCUGUAUUGUGCUGGUCGGUUUAUUUCAUCGCUGCUCAUGACGAUGUUCAAACAAAGCUAAGAAAUAAACUUAAUGAAGUUGAAUCCCUGGAUAUUAUGCCACAGUCACUUAAUGAAAUGAAAUAUAUGCAGAGUAUUAUAAAGGAAAGCAUUCGUUGCAGUGGAGUGUUCUCAUAUAGUGGUAGAGUGGAAGAUAUAGAUAUCACUGUGGGUGAUCACCUUGUACCUAAAGGGACACCAAUCAUAGAAGCUUUGAUGUUUCCCAUGCAAUCUGAUGCAUUUGAAUCUCCAGACAUGUUUAAUCCCAAAAACUUUUCUGACGCAACAAAAUCGGUGAACCCUCUCACUUACAUUCCAUUUGCUUUUGGUGGAAGUCGGCACAAGCCACAAGACAGUUUGGUAUAUCUUCUUGUGUCCAUCACUGUCGCUUCUCUGUUUCGUACUCUAAGAAUUUCAUUGGCUGGAAAAGAGGUUGACCCUCAGUCUGCUAACUACGAGUCCUUCGUUGCCCUGCCGAGCACUGAGGAAGUUUGGGUGACUGUGGGGGGGAAGCUAGAUGUGGAAACUGUGGGAGAAAACAACUGAGUGGACGUUAGUACAGGUACAAGUGGGUUGGACUUGGACUUAUAUUUUUCCGAUGUCUGUAUGCUUAUUGUAAGGCUAGCGUAUGAAGUAGGGUAGCUUGGAAAUCUCUAUGUUUUUUAAGCCGAUUUUUAAUGACAGCACACACCCAAAAAAUACCUUACUGGUUAUAAGGGUCAAGUUUAAGGGAGGCAUUAUGUAUUGCAGUACCCGUGUUUUAAGCAUAUAAUAACUGCGACUCUGCUUAUUCACACUAUUUGUUAUUGGCCAACAGAAAUGGCCCAGUACUGGUAGAAUUUGUGCUUUAUAAGUUUAUAUCUGUUUGCUAUCUGUGGCUUUUGAAGAGGAAGUAUAAGAUUAAGUAUAUACAUUAUAGGUGGCUUGGAAGUGUAUGUAGCUUUCUAGUAUAUAUGUAGUCGCUUAAAAAUUAGUUACUUAAAGCAAAGAAGUGUACUUGCCAUAUUAUGUGAUACUUAAAAUAUCUUGUAUAACCUAAAAACUUCUGUACAAAACUGUGCCAAGAAAAGUUUCUUUUUUUUUGUUUCACGCAAAACUUUAUCUUGGUUCUGAGUAUUAAAUAAGUAAUGACAUUGUAACUUUAGUUUGUGCAAUAUAAAGCUGGCUGUUUCUGCUAUGAUGAAUUUGCUUGUACGUACAUGCAGUGUUGGUGCAGUAAACUUAAACCCUAAGCAA